CCCUGCCCCGCCGCGCCGCUCCUGGCUCCGGUUCCGCGCGGGUGGGCCCCGCUCCUCGGCACGGAGCCUCCCGCAGAGCCCCGUUCCGGGUGGGGAGCACGGGGCGCUGCGUGGGUCGUCCCGCUCCCCACCUUCCUCUCGGCUUAUCGAGAGACGGGCCCUGACCCGGGGCUGCACAGGGCCGUCCGCACCUUAGAGGGGAACCGCGGGCCGGAGAGAAGGAAGCGCUUAUCUCCCCGUUAGCUUCGCUGCUGCAGGUAGGAGCGAUGAUAGGCUCGAUCCCGUGGGCAGAGCCAGCAAGGCGAGGCUGCGCUUUCAAUCCCAAGAGAGGUGGUGGGAUGUAGGGCACAGGGGGGAUGCAGGGUGCGGUGGGAUAGUCGGUAUGGAGGGAUGCAGAAUGUAGGAUACAGGACAUGGCGGGAUGCAGGAUGCAAUGGGAUGCGCUGGGCUGAGCGCUGUCCAUCCAGGAGCACCCCGGCCACCCCCGUGCUGGGGCGGAGCUGCGUUACCCAGGGGCCGGUUCUCACCGCGUUAAGCCCUGAGCGCUGCUCUGCGGACCGAGCUGUAAGCAUUCCCACAGUCCGUGGUGGGGCUGCGGCGGUUCAGCCAUCACUUUAUGUUUUUCCACCCCUUAUGUGCAGCCAGGAUGAGGGGGAGCCCCACCUGUUGCCCGCACACGCUUUCCCCUCUGCUGCUCCUCUUGUUUCAUAGAAACCCCAAGUGCUUUUUCACAGAAACCCCAGACUGUUCCUCUCGCUUUGACUUGAGCCCAUUUCUUACAACUUAGCCUGCACGAAUAGCAAAAGAUACAGCCCAGUCCACAGAACAGAUCUGUGCUCAGCUCCGUUUCUGCAGCGCUGGGUUUUCUGCAGAUGCCACAGAAACUUGCCGGGAGCCCCUGAGUGCUGACAGCGUGUGCGUGCGGUGCUGCUGGCUGGAAGGGCUGGCGGCAGCUGCUCUGAGCAUAAUUAAAAUAAUGGCCGGGCAUUUGCAUAGAAACCUUCCUUGUGAGGAACGCUCUUCCUCAGAGCUGAAUCAUCCGUGUCUCCCUCCGUCAGGUUGGGUUGUGGAGCUGGCACAACAAUUUUAGUAGUAGAAAGGCGAUUAACCUGUAAUAACAGCCUCAAAUGAAUUAACGAGCGAGGGGGGCUGACAGGAGAUCAGGGCCAUUGUUGUAGGCUCCGCUGAGUCAGCACAGCCUGACUUUGUCUCACCACAUCACCUCUGUGGGCAGAAACACCGCUAACCCCGGGCGCUUCGGUGGGAAAUAGCGAUGUUUGCAGGGAGACGUCAGCGCACGGGAGCUACUCUGAAUGGGACGCCGUCCCGCGUCCCGGCACGUCACAGCAUCAUUAAGUUCACCACAGGCACCUGUACCGACGCCGCCGUGCACUCCUGCGAGCUGUGCGGCAAGGGCUUCCGCCUGCAGCGCAUGCUGAACCGGCACGUCAAGUGCCACAGCCAGGUGAAGAGGCACCUGUGCACCUUCUGCGGGAAGGGCUUCAACGACACCUUUGAUCUGAAACGCCACGUCCGGACCCACACCGGAAUUCGUCCUUACAAAUGUGAGGUUUGCAACAAAGCAUUUACCCAGCGGUGUUCCCUGGAAUCCCACCUCAAGAAGAUUCACGGAGUGCAGCAGCAAUACGCCUACAAGCAGAGGCGAGACAAACUGUACGUGUGCGAGGAUUGCGGCUACACCGGCCCCACGCAGGAGGACCUGUACCUGCACGUCAGCAGCGUCCACCCCAGCAGUGCCUUCCUGAAAAAAACCUCAAAAAAACUCGCAGCGGUCUUGCAAAACAAACUGAGCCCUGUCCUGCAGAGGAGCUCCAAAGAUGACGACAAAGAUGAGUAACGCGGUGGAUUACAAUGGUCUGCAGGAAUGAAGUUUACACGUAGGACUACAUAUAUAUUAUUUUUUUAAAAAACUAUUUUGAAAUAAAUCCCUGAAAGAAAAGGGAUACUUUUGUUAAUGGGACUCUCUUGAUACUGGUAGAACCUCAACUUGAAAGAAAUAUUCCCACAAAUCAUACAAACGUCAGACUUUAUCUGGUCAAAAAAAUGGAAACCCUAACCCUAAGAUGGAGUAUUUACUGACCCUGGCAUUCAGGUAACCUGACUGCCAUUUCAGCUCUCCUACACAUCUGAACGGUGCUGACAAAGAAGCUCACCUUUCCCCAGCACAUUUCUUCAAGACAGUAACAGUUACCUCCUGCAAAAACUACUGUUGAGGUGUUUGGGUGAAAGGGGCCACGUAAGAGCGGCUCCUAGUAUGCUGUUCUGAUGUGCAAAGUUCAUUAAAAUUGGCUUACAAACAGUACAGGGUAUUGGUACUUAAGUUUAAACGUGCAAAUAACCUUAGCUCUGCCCCCUGUGCAGUAAAUGAACAAUUUGCAGAACCGUUAUCCAAGAUGAGCUGAAACUUUAUUUAAAACAACACAGACCUUUUUCCCUCCUAAACUUCCCCUUCCAGCACAGAGACUCGCAUUCUAGGGACUUCAAGCUGUGAAAUCAUUUCAACCUAUUCAGAUGUAAGUGUAACCUUAACGCUGACUUUUCUGGACUCCUCAUGCUCACUUGGGAAUUGUUACCAAAUCCUUUUAACGUAAAUCAAUACCAAGCCAGAACCCCAAAGAAAUCCUUUUAACAAUUGAAAGAUAUGUAUUUGCUGUCACGAUGGAGUGUAACUGUGUGUAUUUUAUGGUGUGCGCGUGAACGUGGGUUGUUUAAAUUUUUAAAGAUCAGGUGCCUGUUCAUUAGUACAACAAAGCUGUGCAAAGCAGAUAAGAGUGUGACAUAGGCUGUCUGCCUCAUGAGACACGUGCAAAGCUGUAUGCAUAACUGCCCUCUAAUCACUGUUAGUUUAGAUGGCUCCUAGUAAGACUGAUGUUACCAGAGAAGGUGGUGUGCUGAUGACAAGGGACCAGUACUACGUCCUUGCUUUUAGGACUCCCCUUAUAUCCAACACUGUAAAUCUCUUCAGAAGCUGCUGCAACCCUUACUGGGCACUCAGGUGUCUAAGUUAGGAAAGACAGGGUGGGGUGGUAACUUCCUCAGCAACAAUCCAAGUUACACCAGUCCAAGCACAUUUAUUCAUGUCUCAUAUCUUAAUGGCCACAGCUGCUAAACACAGUUUAGAUUAAUUUAAAUGCUAAACAAUUAAUGGUUUUCACUGGUAAUUUUCCCAAUAUUUAUUUUGGGCUCAAAAGAGAAGUAUAUUUUUGGAAAAAUAUAUCCCACUCUGUACACAUUGAAACAAAUGAUCUGUAUGAGCAAUGAACUGUAACUCACCUGGCCAGGACCUUCAUAACCAUUACCACUUAAAUUGUAAGGUUCUGAGUAUCUACGUAGGAAUCAAAAAAAUAAAAAACAAAAUCAAACCUCAAGAUACCUCAGUCUUGUACAGACAUCUCCUUGGGUUCUCACAGGGAAGAGCUUUCAGCAGUUUUCCUGGCGGUAUUAGUAUUUGAUCCAGCACAAAUCUACGUGCUUGAGGUACUGAAAAUGAUGAUAAUAAAGUGAUGCUACUAUGUUAAGAACAAAUUUCACUGCUAUGUAACAGGAAAGUUUGAAAAACACUUUAAUAAACAGUAAACCUAAGGAAGAAAAAGCAUCUGAAGUAUUUAGAAGAUACUUUGCAAAAACUGCUAAGGCUCACGCGCUAAUCUCAGCUCUUCUGAGGUGGUGCCAUUAUAACUGAACAGUGUAGUAAUACAAAUGUCACUUCCCUUAACCCUCACAGUCCAGUCCCAGACAUGACUUGAGUUCAGCUAUCAGGAGGGAGUGUCAGCAGAGGCCACCUGAGCAAGUGAGUAGAAUUCACCUAACCACAAAGGAUCCAUAUGCUUAGCUCUGCUGAAACAGCAGCCCUUGGAGCAGUAGCGUAGCAGCUAAAACCAUUCCCACCUAUUUUAACUGGAUGGGGAAUUUGUGGUGCUGUGUGUGAGGAGGAGGUAGGUGCUCUUCCCACUGUAGGAACCAAUGCUUUUGACUUCCUUCCGUUACCACUGCCAAAUGAUACCUUUGCCAAAGAACGAGACAUGUCGAGGUGGGUCAUCUAUGUGAUUUUAGACAAAGAAAGCAUUCACAGCAAAAGAAUAACGUAGCGUGUAACAGUACACAGAAACAAAACUGCCCUGGAUGGAUAGCAAAGUUCCAACAAACUUGACACUACAGUUGCAGUAACUGCCCUGAACUGUCUGACAGGUUUUUCUACAGAGGACAGAUACUCCCUGUAGCAGACGCCUUGGGCAUGUCAAUUUAACAGUCUGAGAAGCAAUGCUAAACUGGUGACAAAGUGGGUCUGAGUUUGCAUGGGACUGGCAAUAGCUUGUUAUGGGACAAAACUGGCAACACCUUUACCUCUUUAGUAGUUUGAGAACUCCAAUGGGGAUGCCUGAGGCAGCCAGGCUUUCAGAAGUGCUAGACAUGAGUAACUUCCACUGAUACUGUCUACCUUCCCCUGACUCUCUGAUGUUACAAAUUAAUCCAAGACUUAAAAAUAGGUUUACAAACUGGCACUGCUAAUGAAGUUGGCAACCUUCCUCAGAAAGGCUUUUGUAAUAAACAAAUGAACACAGAUGAAGCCAACAGAUGCCUAUGCUGCCCAGGCUCAACUAGGCCUCAUUCAGUAGGAAGCAGGGUGAGGAUGAAAACUUACAAAGCUCAGGGACAUCUAAUGGCUGUCUGAUGCACUGAUGCAGGAGGCAAUCCCAUCCCAACGUUGCUCAAUUUUAUUAAUCCAAUCCUAAUCAACACAAAGAGUUCAGAACAUUUUAUCACCGCCUACUUCAGCCCGAAGCAUCGUCUCUCUCACUUAUGCUGCCCUUCUUUGCAUCCACAGAGCUGUCUAACUGACCAUCUCCAAUGGCACUGACCUACCCACUUGCUCAAAUCCUGUGAUGUGCAGAUGUACUUGCCAAACAGGUACAACUGAGUAUUCACACUGCUUCGUUACAAUU